AUGGAAAACUUGAACAACUUAAGGCAGUUAGAUUUAUCUCGCACUCACUACCUAAAAACCAUUCAAGCUGGAAUAAUAUCCAGGUUGUCUUGUUUAGAGGUUCUGGAUAUGACUCUCAGUGCUUACCAUUUGAGUGUGAAGGGAGAGGUGGAAGAGGAACAAACAUCUUUUGAAGAGCUCGGAUGCCUUGAGCGAUUACUCAUCUUAUCCAUCAGAUUGGAUAGGAUUCCAUGUCUCAGUUCUGAAAAUGUUACCUGGAUAAAUAAAUUGAGAAGAUUUCAAUUUUUCAUUGGCCCAACAGCAAACUCCUUACCAACUAGACAUGACAAAAGGAGGGUGACUAUCAGCGGUCUAAAUCUCUCAGGAGAAUGGAUCGGGUGGUUGUUGGGUAAUGCAAGCUCUCUGGUCUUGAAAAAUUGCUUGGGAUUGAAUGAGAUGCUUGAAGACUUGGUCAUUAAUAGUGUUGGGUGCUUUGUUUGUUUAAAAUCACUUACUAUUGCAAGCUCUAACAGCAGUUUACGGCCUGGAGGAGGAUGCGCUGCCCACUCUGACCUAUUACCAAAUUUAGAAGAGCUUCAUUUGCAAGAUAUGACCUACCUAGAAAGCAUUUCAGAACUAGUUGGCCAUCUUGGGCUGAGAUUUCAGAAACUAAAAUUAAUAGAAGUGACCCGAUGUUCCCAGAUGAAAUAUCUUAUUUUUUGUGGUCACUUCAUUCUCACCAUGCCAAACCUAGAAGUAAUCAAGGUAAGCUUCUGUGACAAGUUAGAUGAGCUCUUUAGUUAUCAUUCAAGGCAGAAAAUGUAUCCAGAUCCAGUUGCUCCAAGCCUACGGAUAUUGGAAUUGAAGAAUCUUCCCAAAUUAAGAACUCUUUGCAGACACGAAGAGACAUGGCCGUGUCUUGAGCAGGUUAAUGUGAUCAAGUGCAAUCUUCUUAGGAAGCCGCCUUUUACUGACCAAAGUGCAGAUAUUAUGAAGGAAAUAAGAGGAGAAUCACAAUGGUGGAGCACAUUGGACUUGCAUGAUGAUAGAACCAAAUCAAGUCUGCAACCUUAUUUUCAUCCAGCUGAGGAUGAGAGCAAUGCAUCUCAGAACCUCUGGAAGUGA